AUGGCCAAUUACAUUCACGUCCCUGAAGGCGCACCGGUGGUUCCAAAAUUAGAUGUGACCGUAGACGAGCACGAUUACAGAGCCGGGGCGCUGAAAUUGAUCAAGACGCUCAGACCCCACUGGAAACCCUCGGAGGUCAAAAUGAAGUCCUUCACUGAUGGCAUCACGAACAAACUGAUUGGCUGUUAUGUUGGUGGCUCCAUGCAGAACAUGGUCCUGGUACGUGUCUACGGGAACAAGACGGAACUGUUUGUGGACCGUGAGAAUGAAGUGAAGAGCUUCCGAGUUCUCCAUGCCCAUCGAUGCGCUCCACGCCUCUACUGUACUUUCAAUAAUGGCCUGUGCUAUGAGUUUCUGCAGGGCGUGGCCCUGGAGCCGGAACACAUCCGCAGCCCUGCCAUCUUCAGGCUCAUUGCAAGGCAGAUGGCCAAGUACCAUGCCAUACAUGCCCAUAAUGGUUGGGUACCCCAGUCAGACCUUUGGCUGAAGAUAAGCAAGUUCUUUUCACUUGUUCCUACACACUUUAAGGACCCUGAGAUGGACCAAAGGCUGAACAGUGAGGUCCCCAGUGCUGUGUGUCUUAGAGAUGAGAUGAUCUGGCUUAAGCAGAGCCUUUCUAAACUGGGUUCCCCAGUCGUUCUUUGCCACAAUGACCUACUCUGUAAGAACAUCAUCUACAACCAAGAGGAAGGAAAUGUCAAAUUCAUUGACUACGAAUAUGCUGGGUACAGUUACCAAGCCUUUGACAUUGGGAAUCACUUCAAUGAAUUUGCAGGUCUGAAUGAGGUGGACUACAGUCUGUAUCCUGGUCGAGAGUUCCAGUUGCAGUGGCUCAGGGCCUAUCUGGAGGCUUACAAGGAGUACAAAUCACAGGGCUCACAGGUCUCCAACACUGAAGUGGAGGUGCUGUACGUGCAAGUCAACUGCUUCGCCUUGGCAUCUCAUUUCUUCUGGGGACUGUGGGCGUUGAUCCAGGCUCAAUACUCCACCAUUGACUUUGACUUCUUGGGAUAUGCAGUUCUCCGUUUCAGCCAGUACUUUAAGAUGAAGCCAGAAGUCACAUCACUCAACCUUCCAGAAUAAUCUCUCAGGUUACGGUUUGCACUACUCUGUAGAGAAGAGCUCCCUCUGGUGGACACAAGUACUACCUGGAGAGCUCUUCGGUUUUGUAGACUGAACACUGCACUUACUUGUCUGAACAUAUCACUUUACACAAGCCCCCAGUCACUUUUGAACUCAACACCUCAUAGUGUUGGUUUAGUGUUGUAGAAAGAUGAAUAAGCUCUUCUCUUUCCUUCCAUCUGGUCAAGAAAGAAGUCACCCUAGUGCCCUAGUUUUCCAACAGUGUCAGUGAAGUGCUAUUGCCAGCAAACAACUGGCACUCUGCUACCAUGAACAAUAUAAGGAGGCUUACUCUGGAGCCUUGACUUGCCCGUGUAUUUGAAGAGCCCUAGAGAAUAUGAAAUAAAGAAACCCCUUACCUCCCCUCCCAAGAUACCAAUCCACUUUGCCUCAGAGGACAGAGUACCUCAAUAACAAUAAAUAUCACGCAAAAAAGAGAGAGAAGGGCCACUGGGUUUAUUUUCAGCAACUAUUCUGAAGGUCAUUCCUGCUUGUUUACACACAUUUUUAAGGGGAGAAAUCUGUGUACUGUAAGGAAUUUUUGGUUACUGUACAGAGAGUCACUGAUGCUAUGUGGUUCUGUCUGAAUGGCAAACUUAAGGCCUGUCUGUCCCUAUAUGAGGGUUAUUCCUGGCACAGAUGUGGUAAGAUGUGGAAUUCAGGGACCAAUAGAAGCGUCAUUGUUUCCGAAUGAAGAUUCCUCCCAAAUUCUGUCACUGUGAACCAUCACACUGUACCACAUUCAUAAAAUUUCACAAUGCUUUCUAAGCUUGGCACUUGGAGAAGGCAGAGGUAGACAUGGCUACAAUGAGCCGGUAGCUAAUCUGAAGCCCACACCAAAGUGCUGAUAUUUCAUGCUUUGUACAUGAUGCACAGUGUAUUUUCCCACAUAGAUAAUAAUAUGGGGUGAUAUUUACUGUUUGAAAGGUGUUUUUUUUAUACUUAUUUAAAUGAGACCACUAGUGAGCUGCUGUAUGUUUGUCUGGGAGGUAUUGGUGAACUGUUUUUAAUUGAUGUACUGUUCUCCCAGAGGCCUUAACGAUGGUAUCGCAGGCUGGACCCAAUAAAGCUUUCAUAUUCUUACUCUGAACUCCACUUACUCCACAAUAGCUAAAUGCCUUGUUUGCUCAAUUUUUUGAGAACAAAAUCAGUCCUCAUUUGAACCUCUGUUAAGUUUUAACUGCAAAGAAAUGGUGGUAGAGAUUAGAGUAGAGAUUUUGGUAGCAUUUCAUUUUACAGUGUCCCUGUUACACAUAUUGCUGUUGUAAUUAUAAUAACUAUUGUAAUUACAAGUAGCUCUGCAGUAAUUAAAUAGUAAUUACAUGUUCAUUAAUAUUACUUAGUACUUACAUGAACAAUGUAAUUUAAAGUGUGACCAAGCUGUUUCUAGUGCAAAUCUCAGCUCUGAGACUAAGUGCUUACCUUUGCAUCGCUUGGCUGCAUCUCAUUUAACUCUGUUUUCCAGUGUCAGUUUGCCUAUAUCACAAACAAUCAUAUACAAUACUGUAAAUUCUAGAAACUGUGAAAUCUGGUUGUUUUUUUAUUCUGAAGUAUGCUUCUUUUUAAAUGCCAAUUCUUUGGGAACUGUCAAGAUAACACCGUCACCUUGAUCACAGUUUUGAACUGUCAAGGAUCACAGAAUGCUACAUUUAAUUUUUUUUCUUCUGAGUAAUAUAAAGUAAUAAUACGCCCAGAAAUUUGUACAAAGAUCCUAAUAUUGGGAAACAUCUAACAGCUAGCAAUUGCUGAGAUUAACUGCUUUCUUUGCACUCUUUAGCAUUUGUAUGAAACAGAAAGUGACAGGUAGUUCCAAACUUUCAGCAAAUGAAGUACUUCUGGUGAACGUUGUACUUUGUACAGUACUGCCUCAUGCAAGUAUCUACUGGCAGUUUUACUGUAGGUGUAGUCUAUAUGUUCAGCUUUAAACAAACUGUUAAAAAAAGUUCUUUGUUUAAACUAUGUCCAUUGUGUUUUUUUCCCUAAACAGAUGUACUGUUAAGUAGAUUUAAUAAUCUGGGGAUGAAAUCCUAAAGUGUUGCAUUUAAAGUCUGUAUCAAAUCAUGUGAAUAGAAAUAAAAUUCUACAGAUUUUAA